CACCCAGUCCCCGCGACAUAGGCAAACAGUGCGCCAGAGGCAAUCAACAAACAAAUUGAACAGAGAGAGCUACCCCCACCCACUUUCUUCAUAUUCCUCCAUCUCCGUAACACUAGGAGACACUUUCAUCUGAAACUGACAGCUGUGCCGCAGAAGCGGUGUGAACAUACAGCCUCCGAACUUCCCAUAUCCGCGGCUCGUGGUCGACUUCCCGCAACUUCCCCGUUUGCAGGACAACAACACUGACGCCACAACAACCCAUUCGUUCUUGCUCUAUUCGUCCGCCUCGCUCACCUUUCCUUCCUCAACCAAACCGUUUGCCAAAACAUGGCGCCACAUCCAUCUCCUCCCUCGACUCCGCAUCUCUCCUCUCCUCUACGCAAGACACCUUCUCCUUUACCAUCCGCCCACACAGUUUACAACCAUAGCACACCCUCUUCAGGCUAUAGCCAGGCUCAAGACAGCCCAAACGCUGAGAUGCAGCAUCGAACCGCCCAAAGACCAAAUGGAUAUCGAGGCCAGGGUCGAGGUAGAGGCCAGGACCGGCAGCACCAGUCUCCACGGCGUAGAGAAAGUGCCCCGUGGGGCCGUCAAGCUUCUCGCAGCACCGGUUCGAGUGGCUCAAGUGAGACUCAAUAUCCUCUUCUUCGCACGCCUAACUCGCCGUCCUUGCCGCGAACGCCCCCGCCCAAGGCAACCUCCGCAGGUCACCAUCUAGGGUCGCCUACUCCGCUGGGCCAUACCGGCGACAGCCCCAGAGCAAGUCCGGCCAACCAUCCGAUCGCGAGACUGAGCAAACAGCACUGGGCGAUGGAGCAAGAGUUGAAGAUCAAGAUAUCUGGCUUGCCCAAGGGAUUUUGGACCGCUGAAGUCCACGAGUGGCUGGCGAGCCGGGGCAACAUCGUGCGUAUUGAGAUGAUACCAGGAAGUGCAGACUGCGGUGCAUGGGUUGUCUUCCAACCUCCGCCAGCCUCGUUUAACAGUUGGUUCAACAAGCACAAGCUCCGUACUACAGAUGCAACGUUAAUCCCAAGGAUGGAAGUCUACCCCUCUCAGUUGCGAACUCUCCAAAGCCCAGUCGACAGCUCCAAGUACUACCAUGAACUGAACAUCUUGUAUGGCAAUGCGGUUGACUUCGGCGUCAGCCUCGCCGACACCAAGAUGAUGAAGCAACAUACAGUCAGAUCCAAGAAGCAGAUUCAACUGUCCUUAGAUUUGGGCCGCAAAAGACUGACAAUGACAUUUCCUUUGACCAUCGAUGAGGUAAAGCACAAGUACAAACUCGAGAUGCCUUUGCCGCAAAUACAGCACAUCUACCGAGAUGAUGACGCCCUGAUCAUCCCGUUCAACACUCCACCACGGGCCUUCCGAUUCGCAUAUGGAGAUGAAGAACUUGCAGCGACUUUUAGCCCAUCGGAGAGAACAUGGUGGGACACAAAUGCAUGGUAUCGCCAGACAGAUGUGCUUGACGGAGGCAUGGAACUGCGUGUGGAGAAGUGGCCCGUCAUGAACCUGAAGGACGCGCCUAUUAUUGAUAUUGGCCGAUGGACGACGUACCGCGUCUCCUUCGAUCCCCAGGCUCUCCGUGGGCCCAAAUUUCACGAUUUGCUCGGCGCUCUCUCUGACUAUGGUGUCUCAGUGCACACUGGAAGCACUUAUACCAUACAAGACAAAUCCGCUGCCCCUAUGUGGGAGAUUUUGCAAGAUGAACUAUCCACAACUCACCCCCAUCUGAUCAUCUCUUCCUCCGAGCAAGAGCCAAAGCCCCAGUCCACCUUCGACGACCUGUUCACCAGCCAGAUUUAUCUCAGUUUCCCUGUUCGGUACCAACUUGAGGCAUGCUUGUCGAAUGGGUUCCUCAAGGAGCAUACGAUUACUCGCGAAUUCCUUGAGCGACUAACUGAGACUCCCAGCGCCUUAUUCAUCCUGGAAAAGAUAAUGGACAGACAAAUGACAUGCUACAAUCCGAUGGACAUAUUCCAGGUUCGUGUCAAAGCAAACAGCCGAUUGGCCAAGACCAUCCCCAGCUAUUGCUUCCUCGCAAGAUCCGUCAAUAUCACGCCGACCAUGAUGUAUGUGGCAACCCCUGCAGUUGAGACGUCAAAUCGCAUCAUCAGAAAAUAUGUCGCCGAUGCCGACAGAUUCAUACGCGUCAAGUUUAGCGACGAGAAGAACGAGGGCCCACUUUCGAACCAGGGCAAAUUGACAGAGGCCACAUUUGACAAAGUAACGCGCACAUUGCGUCAAGGCAUUGUCGUCGCUGGGAGGUACUACGAGUUUCUCGCAUUCGGCAACUCCCAGUUUCGAGAGUAUGGCGCCUACUUUUAUGCGCCGACUGCAUCACGUUCUGCGGAUGAUAUACGACGUGAAUUGGGCACAUUCGAUCACAUCAAGACCGUCGCCAAGUUCGGAGCACGCCUUGGACAGUGCUUCUCGACCACUCGGGCAAUCCAGAAUGUUCCAAUCCAGAUUGUGCAGAUUCCGGACAUCGAAAGGAAUGGCUUCAACUUUACAGAUGGUGUGGGCAAACUCUCGCUAUUCCUGGCCCAAAUGGCGGCCCAAGAGCUUGGGAUCCAGAAUGCAUUCGAAGAUCCGCCAUCUCUGUAUCAGUUCCGGCUUGGUGGCUGCAAAGGAGUCCUGGCACUCGACCCUAAUAUCCAAGGUGGAGUCGUUCACAUCCGGCCCAGCCAGUACAAGUUCACUGCCCCGGUGAGAGGGUUGGAGGUCAUACGAGCAUCAGCCUUUGCCACUGCAUACUUCAAUCGCCAACUCAUCAUCGUUCUCUCCACACUCGGGGUCCCCGAUUCCGCCUUCAUAAAAAGGCAACAGGAAUGGAUGAGGGAUCUCCAACAAGUCACCGAGAACGAGGCAAUGGCACUGGAGAAACUCCAGCGGAACGUCGACGUCAACCAGACCUCGUUGGAGAUGGCCGUAAUGAUCCUCGACGGGUUUAUGAGAGUCAAGGAACCGUUCCUGAUGUCUCUGCUCCAUCUCUGGAGAGCAUACAAUAUCAAAACCUUGAAGGAGAAGGCUAGGAUCUUCAUCGAGAAAGGUGCCUUCGUUCUCGGCUGUGUCGAUGAAACGGCUACCUUGCGCGGACACUUCGACGAGCCUCAAUCAAGGCCUAACGCAACCCGUGACGAAAAGCUGUCGACCCUGCCCGAGAUUUUCUUGCAGGUAUCUGAUACCAAACAACGCGGCCAUUAUAAGGUCAUCGAAGGCAUAUGCAUCCUCGCUCGCAAUCCGUCCCUACACGCCGGGGACAUCCGAAUUGUGCGCGCCGUCAAUGUCCCGGCCUUGCAUCACUUGAAGAAUGUGGUCGUCUUGCCGCAGACGGGUGACAGAGACUUGUCUAAUAUGUGCUCAGGCGGAGAUCUUGAUGGCGAUGAUUAUCUCGUAAUGUGGGACCCCGAAUUCAUCCCGGAGUGCAUCAACGAACAGCCCAUGGACUUCACUCCUCCAAAGCCAGAGGAGAUGGCGAGGGGUAUCACGGUCAAGGAUCUCACGGAUUUCUUUGUCACUUAUAUGAAGAACAACUCUCUUGGACAGAUUGCCCAUGCCCAUCUCGCACAAGCCGACUUCCGUUCUGAAGGAGUAAGGGACGAAGUGUGCCUUGAGCUAGCCCGACUCCACUCCCAAGCUGUCGACUACCCCAAGAGUGGAAUUCCAGCCGUAAUGGACAAAGAGCUCAGACCACGCAGAUGGCCACAUUUCAUGGAGAAGAAGCAUCUCGGGCCCCACCAGGAAUACCGAUCCACGAAGGUCCUUGGGCAGCUCUAUGACCAAGUCGAGCUGGUUGAUUUCAAACCACAAUACCAAGUAAAUUUUGACGAACGGAUACUCAAGGCCUUUGACUUGCCCGACGGCGUAUUGUCUGCAGCUGGAGAUAUCAAAGCCGAGUACGACGCCGCGAUUCUUCGACAAAUGGCCAAACACGGGAUCCGCACUGAGUUUGAGGUGUGGUCCAUCUUUGUCCUGUCUCAUAACCAAGAGACAAGGGACUACAAGUUCGCCGAAGAACUCGGACAGAACAUGGAAGUCAUCAAGAAUCACUUUCGCGAUGCCUGCCGCAAGGCAGCGUCAGAAAUCGCAACAAUGUUACCACUUCCGGGAGGAGAACUCCUCCGGUUUCUCGCCGCAAUGUACACGGUGACGGCACGCGAGAUGGUGAAGGCCUUAAAGGAAUGCGGAGAAACGAAGCUUGUUGGAGGCAAACAGGUCCCGCUGCGGAAGAUGGAGCCUGGAAGCAUGCCAUUGAUGAGCUUCCCAUGGUUAUUCACGCGCGAAUUGGGAGCCAUUGCGACUGGCUCAAUGAGCCAGCCGACAUUGGUUCCCCAACCCAUUGUGAGGAAGGCCAAGCGACCUGCCCGUCCACUCAUCGACAUCGACUCUGCUACUGCAAUCAUUGAGACCAGACUAGGCGUCACUCAUUUCGGAGACUUAUUGGAACUUGACUUUGAGGACUCAAAGAUGAACCAGCAACAAGGAGGCGGAGAGACUGAAGGGAAAGAUGAAAAGCAGGGUGACCAUGAAACAAGUGACAGAACACUGACGGGAUCGGAUGAGUAUUGUGGUAGUGAGGAUGGGGAGGAUGGAUCGGAGCAGAAAGAGGUCAAGCUAGAGAUGGGCGGAGGCUCGGUCCUGGACAAGCUGGCGAAUCUUCUGUAAGAUGAUUGAGAAGGGGAAAUGGGAAGUGGGAAAUGAGGCCUGAGUUACUAUAACAGGGAUAUUGGAGUUUCGCUCGUCCUUUGACUUGAGGUGCGUGAGCGCCCAGAUCCAUAGAGGU